AUGGAGCGAGCCUCUGUAGAGAUUUGGAACUGGAUUGAGGGACUUUCAACGGAUCAGCAAAAACAUCUUCUGCAAUGGCAACUGCAAGCUAGAGAACAAAUUCACAGCUUUAAGGACGUACGACUUGGCGAUCAUCUGGUAAGAAAAGAUUCCUUCCUUGGGCUGGUUCCGUACGAGCAUCAUUUUAUCUGCGUCGGUUUCAACGGUGAAGGCAAGCCGCUGAUUGUGCACUACUACAAUACACCAUGGAAAGCCACCGCUCAGUUGAUCCCUAGUAUCUCAGGCUGUGGUUCUCCCAUUGAACAACUGGCAGCGGUUCAGGAGAUGUGUAUUGAAGAGUACGUCAGCGAAGCCAAGCUGCAAACGGAAGGAAACGAGGUGGCAAGAGUUGUGUGGCCAGAGGAACUGCUCCGGUAUCCUCCAGAGGAAAGGGCUAAAAGAGCCAGGGAAAGGGCUAGGAAAAAAGAAAAAUGGUACGAUUUAGAGAAGAAUAACUGCGAGACCUUAAUCAUGUGGUGCUUUUGCGAUUUACAAAUCAGCCUUCAAGUGACCGCUGCUGUUCAUCAUUUUCGUGCGGUUAUUGGCGGUGGAUAUAAUUCUCUCAAACAUGUACUUCAGCAACUUCCAAAAGCACUCUUUGAACAGUUUGGCGACGACAUUAUACUUCUUGCGUCGUGGUUAAAGCCCGUUGCAGCAGCUCUUCCGAAAGGAAUCGGUGUCUGGGGUGGAGCAUUGGUGACCAUUUUCGCAGAAGGUAAUCUGGCUUAUAGAGAAAUUAUGUCAGCUAAACAAAAAUGGAAUGACAGGAUUGUCUUAACGGACAGAAAGAAGCUUAUCAAGAAAGUCAUUGAUAGUGUUUUGUCAGCUUCUUUCCGUGCCGGUGGAAGUAUUGGUGGAAUGAUAGUUGGCCAGUUGUUUUUCCCUAAUCCAGUCCUUGACGGCAUAAUUAAAGCUGUACUUGGUUAUUCAUUUGGCCAUUUCGCCUCAGAACUACUUACUGAAUUUGGCUUUACAGAAUUUGUUGCUGAACAUAUAGACAACUGGUUGCCUCCUGAUAAACCUGCUGAUAAACCCGAUUAG